AUGGACGAUUAUGUUCGUGAUGUGUUCAAUGGGGAAGCUGGAAAACGUGAUGCUGUUAGCUUGGCAAGUUAUCAUUGGCCAGUUAGGACAAUACAUUACGAAUUUGAUCCAGAUAUAGGUAAUAUGCGUAAAAGAUUGACUUUGAACAUUCACUGGUAUUCCCUCUAUAUAGGAUAAAAGCUUUGAGUUUGAAUGACUGCUUAAUUAAUAAAUAGUAAAAAAAUCCCACUCGAAAUUUCCAACUACAAAUUAGUAAAUACUAAAAAAAAUUGUAUAGGUAAUCGCAUGGGGCCAAGUAAAAUUAAGGUUUACUUUCACGUGUGUUUUCAAACUUUCACAAUUUGUGAAACUUUGAAAACACAAGUGAAAUUAAACCUUAAUUUUAUGAGGAACUGUGCGAUUACUUGUUAUAAUCAUAAAGGGCAAAAUGUAUUCGUAAGUUAAUUGUGAACUUGUCAAGUUCUUGAACCUUGUAUGUCUCCAUGUCUUCGCCGAUGUCCCUUAAUUAAUGCUGCCCAUUCUUAAAUACUCCAACCAAUAAAUUUGUACUUUUUCUAUAGUGUUCAAGUUUUUACUACUAUACAGGGUGUAUCAAAAUAAACGCAAUUCAUCUUUUGUGCUUAAUAACUUUCGAAAUACUAUUUCUAGUUAAACGCUUUUAGGCUUACUUCAAAGCCUGUUCUUUUCUCUUUCAAACAAAUUAUUAUCCUUGUCUCCAAUGCUAGUAAUAAUUGCACAGGAAAAGAUUUAGUAAACCUAUCAUUUUUAGUUGCUGUUUAAUUAUGCAAGUUUACUAUGUUAUUGUUUAGUCGGUUUAAAUGUUACAAUUUUCUUCUUUAAACUUUAAUGUUGUCGUCACUACAUCUGGAAAACCACGUAAGAACAAAUUAAAAGUAUUUUAAAAGAGACCAGGUUGUUUGAAAAUCCUAAACGAAUGCUAAAAAAUCGUCAAAACAUUCUGGUGUCUGAGCCAGAGUUUCAUCGAAUUGCGAUGUAAUGUAAACAGAAAUUAUAGCAAGUUGAUGUCAGUCAACUUAGAUGGUCCAAGCCAAAAUUAUAUCGCAUUUGAAGUUUCAAACUGAGUUAAAAAUAGUGGAAGAAAAGCCGUACUUAUACUUAUUGUUACAAUCCAUUUAAUAAAAUGCAACAUUUUUUUGUUUUAAUGAAUAUUCAUAUAUUUUCAUGAGAACGAUUUGUUAUUCCAUCUCAAUUUUUUUAAUCUCCAAUCGCAAUAACGUAAAGUAUUAUUACCCGCGAACCAAUGAGUCAAAUUUAAGAAACAGCCCACUGCUAGAAAGCUGAAUGGCUACGCCUUAAAAUGAAUGUAAACUUUAACGUUUUCGUCUAUUAUUUGUUUAGCAAUUUGCAUUUCAGUCGAGGAUUGCGCUUUUUUUUAUACACCCUGUAGAAGUUUUUAAUUCCGCGACGACAAAGCGAGAAGCCAUUGUUUUUAUUGCUAUAUUUAAAACAAGAAACUAUAUAUCGAGUGAGAUAUCGAAAAUCCUGAUAUUUAUCCAUACACCUUACAUUGGCAUCACCUUAGUAUGUACAGUAUUGAUGAACUUGUUGUUGGAGCUCGACAACUGUCUCUCUGUGGCCCGUUUAUUAGGGCGCUGCACCGGAAUCGCAGGGCUGGAGGUUCGAUUCCUGCCAUGCAGAGGGCCUACAGUUACAUUUUUUGCAACUGCUCCUGGUUUAAUAAAUGUAUAAAAAUUUCACUCGAAAUUUCCAUCUACUAAGGGACCGGUCAUUAUUUAUGGCGGGGGGUGGCACCGAAGAGAAAAAGGUUGGGUAAACAAAAUUUUGAGUAACUAAAAGGUUGGAUAAAUGAAAAACAAAACAACUCAAGGGUUGGGUAAUAAAAAGUUAUUGUCAUUUCCAAAGCACAACUCACUGAAAUAUUGGAGACUAAAAAGCAAUGUCAACAGUCAUACGUCAAUACAAUAUGUGAAUCAAUCAGAGUCACUAUCUUGAUCAUUUUCCGAUUUGUUGGGAGACAAAUGGUGUCUCCAAAGAAAGUACAUGUACAUACAACCGGAAAGUUUAGUUAUCAAACUUGUGUCACAGAAGUGGUAAAGGACAUGUGUGACAACUGAAUGGUAUUCUUUUGUAAAGGUUUUGGCCAGGGGUGGGUAUUUAUUUUUUAAUUGAUAUUUGAGGUUGGGUAAUCAAAGUUUUUGCUUUUUAAUGUUUGGGUCAGCAAAAUUUUUACCAGCAAAAACAUUUCGCUUCGGUGCCACCCCCCACGAUAAAUAAUGACCGGUCUCUAAUCCCCUAAUGUAUAUGUAUAUGUGUAUGUAUAUGUAUAUGUAUAUAUAUAUAUAUAUAUAUAUAUGUAUAUAUAUAUAUAUAUAUAUAUAUAUAUAUAUAUAUAUAUAUAUAUAUAUAUAUAUAUAUAUAUAUAUAUAUAUAUAUAUAUAUGGGAGUGAGAACUCGAGUCAGCGUUUACCUUACCUUACCAGGCUUACCUUACCUUACGUUACCUUACGUUAUCUUACCUUACCAUACCAUACCUUACCUUACCUUACCUUACCUUACCUUACCUUACCUUACCUUACCUUACCUUACAUUACCUUACCUUACCUUACCUUACCUUACCUUACCAUACCAUACCAUACCUUACCUUACCAUACCAUACCAUACCAUACCAUACCAUACCAUACCAUGCCUUACCUUACCUUAUCUUACCUUACCUUACCAUACCAUACCAUACCAUACCAUACCAUGCCUUACCUUACCUUACCUUACCUUACCUUACCUUACCUUACCUUACCUUACCUUACCUUACCUUACCUUACCUUGCCUUGCCUUGCCUUGCCUUGCCUUGCCUUGCCUUGCCUUGCCUUGCCUUGCCUUACCUUACCUUGCCUUGCCUUGCCUUGCCUUGCCUUGCCUUGCCUUGCCUGUUGGAUGAGACACACUAUAACAGCUGGAAAAUAUUAACCAGAAUUUUUACAUCAUACCUAAUUUUAUUUUAGAUGGUCGUCGUUCAUACAAUUUGGACACUGCAGUUACUGGUUUCAACAGCUCUGCUUGCCAAAACCCUGACCUCAUUACAGAAAAAAUUAGACCGUUUUGGUUCUUUUGGCAUGAAGAAAUCCGUCUGCGACCUAUUGGAUGAUGCAAAUAAUGAUUACACAUGUAGUCAACUAAUCGCCGGAGUGGUAAGUUAAUUAUUUGCAUGUGGAAUUCUUGCGCUAUCAAUGUUUUAUCUUAAUAUUUGGCAAAAAUUUAUUUAUUGACCGUCCAGUUUACUAAAGCUGUGUAGAUAGCGAAAUAUAGAAAAUUGCGCUAACUCCGAUAUAAAUUAGAAUCAGCUGUUCCCAGGAGCGCCGGAAGCAACAUGAAGCGGCUGAACCCUAGUUUUCGUGGGCAGCAAUGCGCGCUAAAAUUUCGCUGUACAAAUCCUCAAUUUAUACUUGUAGCCAAUACGGAGUUGGACAAAUUUCAGUAAUGGUUCGAACAAUUUCAUUCGUUACAUGACGCUAAACGUUUCUGAGAAGAAUUUCAGAAAUUUGAGCUAAAUUGCGUGAAAACAGUUCUCAAUUUCAAUUCACAUAAAUAACGCAGACUUUCGAAGUACAUAGUUCUUGUAAAAAAUGGCAACUCAAAUGAAACAUACUGCGAAUAAUAAUAGCAUGUCAGUUGUGCUCUCACGAUGGGAGGUAUAAUAUGAUGGAAGCCCGGCAAACUUCAAAGCCGCAAAAUAGAAGACCUACAAUCCUGGUCAAAAAUAUUGGCGCACUUGACACUGACUGUGCGAAAUUUGACUCCCACUUCAAUACCAAGCAUAGCAACCCCCUUUCGCCCGUUCAAUGUUGUCUGUAGCGUGUUAUACGUCCAAGGUGUUACACAACAUUGAUAAGGGGGAUAUGGGGAGUUUGUGCAUGGAAUUUUGCAUAAAAUUGGCAAGUAUUUAUAUGGUAAUCAGAAAUGAAGUAAAGGUUAUGCUAUUUCGACUAGGUGCGCCAAGGAUUUUUGACCAGGAUUGUAGCUUUGUUUGAUGUUAAACUGUACCUCACCGUGCACAAAUAUCGCCUCAACUUUAUUAAUUUCAUCGUUGUUGCACUUUCAACUCAGCCACUCCUAUUGGACGAUACUUGAUUAUGUGAAUAUAUAAUGAGCUCAAUCACCGAAACCGUGCACAAACUAUUAACAUAAACUCAGAUAAAACAUAACACAAGGAUUUUUUUUGUUUCCAGACCAUUAUCUAUAUGCUACAAGUCAAGAAUACACGAUAUGCAGUGAUAUUUCGAUUUUAUUUCAAAAUCAUUGUCCAACCUAUCAGAUUUUUUGUUCUUUUCUAGGUAUUUGGUUUCAUCGGAACAAUCCUGUUUUUCGUGGACACCUUUGUCUAUACUACAACAGUCGCCCGCUGAUUAGUAAUUGUCGUGGAUCAGUGAUAUUUUCGUAGUACUUAUUUGUAACAGUUUACUAUAUAAACUAUAGCAUAGAAAUAAAUGUUACGGCCACUUAAUAAAAUUCAAAGU